GCCGGUAGUGCUCCAGGUGGCAGAAAGAAACGUGUGCGUACGCUAGUCGUCAAAGAUACCGGAAAUCACCCGGACAUCGAAGAGGGGAAGAAGCCUGAUCUGACGUUCUAUGCCAACACACCGGAGGCACGCAAGGCUUAUGAAUUGAGUCAAGAUCAGCUGGAGGACGCGAAGGUGACUCCGGAGGAACGCCGUCAGUACUUGGGCAGAGCGGCUUGGCCUCACGCUUGCGUGUUCGUGGAGUUCAAGGCGGCUGAAAACAAGAAUCCAUUCGAGAAGCGGAAGGACGAAUAUAUGCCUCGGGAUACCGAUGAUGCGAGGAAGGCGAGAGGGCAGAUGUACCAGUAUGCGACGGCGAUCAUGAACGCUCAACCUCGCACGCACGUCUUCUUCAUCAACAUUUGGAGGACUCAGGCGACUCUGUUCUACGCUGAUCACUCGCAAUUCGUUUGCACAAAGCCCUUCAAUUUCACCGGCAAGUCGAGCGCUCUGUCGACGUUCCUCUAUCACCUCGGACAGAUGAACCGGGAGGAACUCGGCUAUGACCCUUCUGUGAUUCCCGCCACGGCAGAAGAUAUCGCUGCAGUGAACGACGUCAGAGCUGAAAUGACGACCUAUCAUCAGGAUUGUGUUGCGGACGCAUUCUUCGAGUCAGGGUGGCCUGUAUACAGAGUGACGAUGCCAGCGGAGCAGGCCGGGUUCAAACAACCACAGGAAGAUGGCGAUUUCCUCAUCGGACGGCCAUUGUACAAGAUCUAUUCGCCCACUGGCCGGGCUACGAAAGUGUAUGCAGCAUACAACAUAAAGACCGAGAGAAUGUGCACGGUGAAAGACUGCUGGCCGGAGGAAUGGGAGGAGGGUGAGCACACCAAGUACGAGUGUAUUCAGGAGGCGAAGGUACGGUGCACUGCAACGUGCCUGUAUGGGGGCUUUGUAGGUGAGCAGAAGACGAAGACUUGCGACUGUAUGAAGUGCACGCGUCCCGUCCGGAGACAUUACCGCAUCGUACUCAAGGAGCUUGGUCGACCACUGGAUAAGUAUUCCAGUUCAGGUGAAUUAAUUAUCGCCGCCUAUUGCGUGCUGAAAGCGCACCGUGACGCGUGGAAGAAAUGUGGUUUGCUACAACGGGACAUGAGUCCUUACAAUAUGGUCUUCGAUGAGGUCGAUCCCCGAGACCUUGCUGAGGGUGAACGCCCAGCCAUCAGAGGUCUUCUGAUUGAUUGGCAUCUUGCCAAGUCCCAAGACGAGCUCAACAGUGGUGCGAAGCGAGUGGGACGGUCGGGCACAUGGCAGUUUAUCUCUGCACGACUACUCAUGAAUCCGACUGCACAGAACGAAGUUUCGGAUGAUCUCGAGUCUGUCAUUCUCAUCAUGGAAUGGAUGGCAUUGAGGUUCCACGAGCAUCGGUACCUCGUGCCAGUAGAUUGCGAAGGUUGGCUGAAAGAACAUGUCCUGAACUUCUUCGAGUUCCGCAGCUACGAUCAGGGUCGCCACCAUGUCGGCGGCAUAGAGAAAUGGCGACAGUGGACGACCGGUAGGAGGACAUGGCAGCCGAGAGACACAAUGUCUGUGCUUGUGAAACUACUCGAUUCUCUUUUGCAGCUAGCACACAACCACUACCUGGCACUCGAAGCUAGUGCACCCCAACCAGCUCCACCAGCCAAAUCAACCUUCGAGCCAGAUUUCACUGGGACGCCAACCAAAGAGCUCGAAUCGGACUCUGAGGAUGAGGAACCCAGGCCUCAGCCUGGUCCAUCUACUGUAAAGACAACUGACAAGGGCACCUUGUCUCUCGCCACGCAUGCCGAGAUUCUCGCAAUCUUCAAGACAGCGGUGAAAAGCUUAUCUAAAGGAUUUGUCCGUGACAAAGUCAGCGACAAGUUCCAAGAUAUUGGAAUGGCCACAGAAAAGUUCUCUCUGGCGGAGAAUGCGAAGCAACCGAGACAGUCGAAGCAAUCGAAGCAGUCGAAGAAGAAAACAACAAGUGAACAGCAGGAGAAAGGACUGCUGAGGAGGAGCCUUCGUCUUUCAGCGCAGGCGAGCGCUGCAGGAGAUCAGGCAGAGGGUUCGAGCAAGCCGGUGAAACGCCGGUCAGACCAGAUGGAAGGGCUGGAGGAGAAGGACGGAGCGAAGCGACAGGCAACUGGGAUAACUCGAAGAGGCUCGCAGCUCCAGAACUCCGUAGCCUAGAAGUAGGUCGACUCUAGGUGGCACAAAGGUUCGGAGAUGAUUUUUGUAUGCCUGCGUGUAUAUAUUGCUGUGAUUGAAUUCGGAAUGUCAUGGAUUAUUUAUUGC